UUUAGCUUCUUUCUUUGCUGGAAAAAAACGAGGGAGAGAAUCACUCGCGAGCAACGCGAGGGCGCGCAAGAGAUUCUCCUGGCGCGCGCAGGUCGCCGCCUAGGGUUCCUGGAUCGGCGCGGCAGUAUUGGCAGUGACAAGCCGGCGACGCAAUCGCGAAUCGCGAUCGUUCUUCGUUGUUUUAGGGUUGCUACAGUGGAGGUGCGUAUCGAUUGAUUGCUUCUCCCUCUCCUGGAAUGCGCGAGCUUGCCACGAUUCCAGCGCUGGAUCAUCGGCCAAGAAUGCGAGGUAGGAGGAGCUAGAGGGAUUCUAGGAUGCACAGGGCAGCGGAUUAUGGUGUCUUGAGGGGGAAAUCCAAGAGCUAGAAGAAAGAAUGGAGAUCGAGUCUCCAUCGGCGACUGGAAAAUCUCUGAUAAUCUCCAAGAUAGGACGCUCUCCAUCGCUGUGCCGCUCGCCGACUGUCAAGGCCGGGAUUGAUAGCCUCUCGUGCUUAUCGGAGCUCACAGUGGGCUCUUCCUCCUCUUUGAGCAGCGAUGUAGGUGGCGGCGGCGGCGGUAGUGGUGGUGGUAGUGGUGGCGGUGGGCGUAGCGGCGGUGGAUUCUUGCCAGAGGUCGACCAGACUCCGCGAGGACAGGAUAUAGUGGGCUUUCAUCAAAGAGGCACCCGGUUUGAGUUCCAGCUCUUGCUACCUCCAGUGGUGCUCGUCCUCGUCCCUUUCGUGUGGUGGUACUGGAAGUUUACGAGCAUUCCAUCUUCGUCUUCCUCGAGCUUGGGCUUAUCCACCAGUGCCAGUUCUUCUUACUCGGGCUCCAGCACUGGGAGCUUCUGGCUGGAUUUUCUCGCGAUGCUGCUCUUCUUCGCGGCUCUGGCCUUCUGCGCGAGGGUGGCUCUCGUCCACUUCGUCUCCUCCAAGUCGCACUCGCUCUACGUGCUUCGGACCAUCUUGGCGCACAGCCGGCUGAAUGGGAUGCUCCUGCGGCCGCUGGGGAUUUUCCUGGACGAUCACAGGGACAAGAGGUGCUCGAAUUCUUCCUCGGCUGCUACUGCUGGUGGGCCGACAAUUACCUGGACCAUCGGUUCCAAGCCGAGGAUCGAGAAAAGCCGGCUUUUUGGCGAAGGCGUGCAGAGAUACAGCAACGGAGACGUGUAUGAAGGUGAGUUCUACCAGGGAAGAUUCUCGGGAAGUGGUGUCUACUACUUCUACUUGAGUGGGAAAUACGAGGGAGACUGGGUGGAUGGGAAGUAUGACGGCUAUGGCGUCGAGACUUGGGCUAGAGGAAGCCGGUACCGGGGGCAGUACAGGCAAGGAUUGAGAGACGGCUAUGGAGUUUACAGAUUCUACACGGGAGAUGUCUACUCCGGGGAGUGGUGUGGAGGCCAAAGUCACGGCUAUGGCGUCCAGACUUGCGAGGAUGGAAGUCGGUACGUGGGGGAGUUUAAGCGUGGGAUGAAGCAUGGUUUUGGCUACUACAGAUUCAGGAACGGUGAUACUUACGCUGGCGAGUACUUCGCCGACAAGAUGCAUGGCUAUGGAGUCUACCACUUUGCGAACGGGCACUUGUACGAGGGUGCCUGGCACGAAGGCCGCAAGCAAGGCCUGGGACUCUACACGUUUCGAAACGGCGAGACGCAGGCCGGCCACUGGAACUGCGGUGCAUUGGAGGUUCCCAGCACACUGAACCCGGCUCCAGGUUCCUCGACGGCCGUCAGCCACGCCAAAGUUCUCAACGUCGUCCAGGAAGCGAGACGAGCUGGGAAGAAAGCCCUGGACGUUCCGCGAGUGGAUGAUCGCGUCAACAAGGCCGUGGCGGCCGCGAACAAAGCAGCAAACGCUGCGAGAGUGGCCGCGGUCAAGGCCGUCCAGAGGAAGGACAAGGUUGCUUCGGUCAUCCUCAACGUGUGAAAUCUCAUCACAACGACACUGUACAUGACGACUCUAGAAGCGCAAAAAAGAAAAAUGGAGUCUCGGUCUUCCUCUCUCUCUCUUUUUGUUUUCUUCUCUCUUUUUUUUUUAUGAAGCUGUAGCGGAGGAACUCUGCUAUGAUCAGCGUCAUUCCCGAGGUGAUGAGAACCGGCUCUUUGUUUCGUUUUUCCCCCCCUUUUUGUGGUUUUUCUCUCCUUUUUACUAAUCAAUAAACCAAAAUAAUUAGCUUAA